CACAAGUUGGGUAGCCUGGCAGUGUCAGAAGUCUGAGCCUGGCAUAGUGGUCAGCAGGCAGGACGAAUCACACUGAAUGCAAACCACAGGGUUUCGCAGAGUGGUAAGCAUCGUCAACCCACAGCCAAGGCGGCGCUGCUUUUUUUUCCUUAAUCUUUAACAAUUUGAAUAUUUGUUUUCACUAAGGUAAAAGAAAUCAUUGAGUCCCCCGCCUUCAGAAGAGGGUGCCUUUUCGGGAGGAAGCGAUGGCUUCAGACAGCAUAUUUGAGUCAUUUCCUUCGUACCCACAGUGCUUCAUGAGAGAAUACGUACUUGGAAUGAAUCCUUCUAGAGACAUUCAUGAUGCCAGCACGAGCCGCCGCUUCACGCCGCCUUCCACCGCGCUGAGCCCAGGCAAGAUGAGCGAGGCGCUGCCGCUGGGCGCCCCGGACGCCGGCGCCGCCCUGGCCGGCAAGCUGAGGAGCGGCGACCGCAGCAUGGUGGAGGUGCUGGCCGACCACCCCGGCGAGCUGGUGCGCACCGACAGCCCCAACUUCCUCUGCUCCGUGCUGCCUACGCACUGGCGCUGCAACAAGACCCUGCCCAUCGCUUUCAAGGUGGUGGCUCUUGGGGACGUUCCUGAUGGCACUCUGGUCACUGUGAUGGCCGGCAACGAUGAGAACUAUUCCGCUGAGCUGAGAAAUGCUACCGCGGCCAUGAAGAACCAAGUCGCAAGAUUCAAUGACCUCAGGUUUGUCGGUCGAAGUGGAAGAGGGAAAAGCUUCACUCUGACCAUCACCGUGUUCACGAACCCGCCACAAGUCGCCACCUACCACAGAGCCAUCAAAAUCACGGUGGAUGGACCCCGAGAACCUCGAAGACAUCGGCAGAAACUAGAUGAUCAGACCAAGCCUGGGAGCUUGUCCUUUUCCGAGCGGCUCAGUGAACUGGAGCAGCUGCGGCGCACAGCCAUGAGGGCCAGCCCACACCACCCAGCCCCCACGCCCAACCCUCGCGCCUCCAUUAGCCACUCCACUGCCUUUAACCCUCAGCCUCAGAGUCAGAUGCAGGAUACAAGGCAGAUCCAGCCGUCCCCACCAUGGUCCUACGAUCAGUCCUACCAGUACCUGGGAUCAAUCGCCUCUCCUUCCGUGCACCCAGCAACACCCAUCUCACCUGGACGAGCCAGUGGCAUGACAACCCUCUCUGCAGAACUUUCCAGUCGACUCUCAACGGCGCCCGACCUGACGGCCUUCGGCGACCCUCGCCAAUUCCCCGCGCUGCCCUCCAUCUCAGACCCUCGCAUGCACUACCCCGGCGCCUUCACCUACUCCCCGACGCCCGUCACCUCCGGCAUCGGCAUCGGCAUGUCGGCCAUGAGCUCGGCCACGCGCUACCACACGUACCUGCCGCCGCCUUACCCCGGCUCGUCGCAGGCGCAGGGCGGCCCCUUCCAGGCCAGCUCACCCUACCUGUACUACGGCGCCUCAGCCGGCUCCUACCAGUUCUCCAUGGUGGGCGGCGAGCGUUCGCCGCCGCGCAUCCUGCCGCCCUGCACCAACGCCUCCACUGGCUCGGCACUGCUCAACCCCAGCCUCCCGAACCAGAGCGACGUGGUGGAGGCCGAGGGCAGCCACAGCAACUCCCCCACCAACAUGGCGCCCGCCGCGCGCCUCGAGGAGGCCGUGUGGCGGCCCUACUGAGGGGCAGCGCGGGGCCUCGCUGGGCAGCGGCGUCCUCCUGCCGGCCGCCCUGCCGCCUGACGUCGUGGAAGAGCCUCCUUCGGCCGAGCCGUCUGUUACGGAGAAGCCCCCCUGGGCCUGCCGUCCUGUCCCGGCUCUCGCUCCCGGCCCGGCCUCGGGCAGCCUCCUGCGCCUCCGAAGCCCAUGCAGUUCGCUAUCGCUGUUGGCCCGUCACAGAUUUUCAAACCUGACACAACUUGAGGGUGUCCGCUAGACCACCACCAUGUGGACACGUUGUAAAGCAAACAGGAAGAUUCCCAGAGGGAAACUGUGAAUGCUUCUGAUUUAGCAAUGCUGUGAAUAAAAGAAAGAUUUUAUACCCUUCACUUUUUAACCAAGUUGUUUAUUCCAAAGAGUGUGGAAUUUGAGUUGGGGGGGAUGCAACUCAUCCUGUUUGGCAUCUAAUUCUUAUUUUUAAUUUUCUUUUCCGCACCUUAUAAAUUGCAAAAUGCAUAUUUGCAUUUGGGUGGUUUUUAUUUUUAUAUAUCUAUAUAAAUUUGAGCUUGCUUCUUUCUUGCUUUGACAAUUGAAAGAAAUAUGAUUCCCUUUUCUGUAAGUUUUAUUUAACUUUUCUUUUGGACUUUUGUGUAGUUGUUUUUUUGAGAAACAUCUACAGCUUUGGGUCAUUUUUAACUACUGUAUUCCCACAAGGAAUCCCUAGAUAUUUAUGUAUCUUGAUGUUCAGACAUUUACUUAUGUGUUGAUACUUUUUUAAUUAUUUAAAUGUACUUAUAUUAAGGAGAAAAAUAUCAAGUACUACAUUUUGUUUUGUUUUUUGAUAGUAGCCAAAGUUAAAUGUAUCACAUUGAAGAAGGCUGGAAAAAAAGGAUGGUUAAUGUGAUCACUUGGUUAUCUAGAAGUAUUGUUUACAUUAAACUCCCUUUCAUGUUAAACAAGUUGGUAGCUAAUGCAGCAAUGUUUUUAACAGGAUUUUUUAGACACUGAGGGUCACUCCGAGGAUCAAAAGUGUGGAAUUUUCUGCCAGGCUCAACAAAGAGUCUCAUAUCUGGCUCCCUCCCUUCAAACAGAGCAGUUCAAAUCUGGUCCCAAAGGGUUUAGGCAGGUGCCAAUGAUUACACCUUUGGAGAGGAUUUAAUUUCUGCCUAGGGAUUUGCUCACUCCAUGGCCUUCUGAUAAUUUCACAUACACUUUAUAACAGAACACAUCCAAAGUAAACUGUGUGGAAGGGUAUCAUUUACAUAGGAACCAAAUGAAUGAAUUUAGGGGCCCACCAGAAGCAGGCCUGAAGGGGCCCAUUCUCUCUGUAUGCCUCAGUGGAGUCACGUGGGAGAACAUCAUCCCACCUGUGCAGAACCCACAUCCCAUGCUGCUCACUCACCACCAUCUUUGUGUUGCUUUCACCAGGCUGAGACCCUGCCCUGUGGGGUGUGUGCACCUUCACCUGUGCACCAGCAUGACAGGAAAGAUUCGUGUCACUGCUGUCCAUGGCUACAAUUCAAAGGUAUCCAAUGUCACUGUAAAUUUUAUGGCACUAUUUUUAUUGGAGGAUUUGGUCAGAAUGCAGUUGUUGUACAACUCAUAAAUACUAACUGCUGAUUUUGACAUAUGUGUGCUCAAAAUGAUCUGGUUGUUAUUUAAUGUACCUCUUAAAAUUAAUUGAAACGAUUUCAGGUCAACUCUGAAGAGUAUUUGAAAGCAGGACUUCAGAACAGUGUUUGAUUUUUAUUUUAUAAAUUUAAGCAUUCAAAUUAGACAAAUCUUUGGCUGCAGGCAGCAAAACAGCUGGACUUAUUUAAAACAACUUGUUUUUUAGUUUUCUUAUAUAUAUAUUGAUUAUUUGUUUUACACAGAUGCAGUAGCACUUUGGUAAGAGUUAAAGAAUAAAGCAGCUUGUGUUGUCAGGUCGUUCUUAUAUAGAGAAGAGCUAUAGUAGAUCUUGGAGAAACUCAGAAUAUAUUCAUUUUCAUUUGAGACAUAGCUCCCUCCACAGUUCAGUUUCAUACGUUAUUCCAUAUUACAUUUUUGCAGCUAAAUUACCAUCAAAUGUCAGAAAAUUUAAAAAUGUAAUUUCUGAAAAGGACCAUUAGCCCAUUUCCCCCAAAAUGAACUCAAAUGUUCUUUUCAGCACACGUUGCCAUACCUGACCUGAGAAAAUUCUGGGGGAAAAUGAAGGAAAACACUUAUGUUUUUCAGUUCAAUUCUGGUACCUGAAGAUAUUCCAACUCAAAACCAGCCUAACGCCCCCUCAAGGGGAAUCAGAUAAUCUGUCACAUUGAACCUUCACUCCUAAAGCUAUGUAUGGAGAGGGAUGGUCACUUUGUUGUGGACUCACUGGUUUGGUCAUUCAGAGCUUCACAAACUCUUACCAGCAUAUAUAGUAUUUAAUUUUUUCAGAAAAAAAAAAAUCAAACCUUAGUUAUUUUGGAGAUAAGUUUCAACUCUUUUUUUUUUUUUUUCCUGAGGAAUUGCAUUCAUUGCCUUCAGGUGAAUGAAGGUGUCUUUUUAUUCAUUGCCUUCAGGUAAAUUAAGGUAUUAGUGAGACCCUUUAAGCCAAUAAUGUGAUAAUGGGAUGUAUCUGGGAGCACUGGUUCAGGAGAAGAAAGAUUGAAUAAGCUAUUUGUACUGCUUAUUCAUGCCUUUAUUUAUGAUUUCAACACUGACACAUAUUUCAGUUCUUUCUGUCUUUCUCAAUAUCUGAAAAUACAUUUCUCUCUCGCUGGCCCCCAGUAUCUCCCUCUUUCUCUCUCCCCCUCCCUCCUCCAUACCCCACUUUCUCCCUUCUCCAUUCUCUCACAUUCACUUAAGGAGAUAGCACACACCCCCACCCCAAUACCAAAUGUCCACAACACAAGAAGAUCCAGUUCUUCUCCCUUUACAUAAAGGAACAUGGUGAGUCAGCCUUUCUCCGGUUUAUGGGUUUCUUCCAGCAGAACAAAGACAUUGCCAACCAUUUUGGAUCUGCUCGCUGUCCAAAUGCAAAAACCUUCCUGGGCAAAUUACAAUCAGUGAGUAAAUAGACAGCCUUUCUGCUGCCUAGGGUUUCUGUGCAGACAAACAGAAAUGCUCUGAUUAGAAAGGAAAUGAAUGGUUUCACUCAAAUGUCCUGCAAUUUAGGAUUGCAGAUUUCUGUCUUGAAAUACCUGUUUCCUUGGGACAUUCCGUCCUGGUGAUUUUUAUUUUUGGUGGUUUUUAUUUCUGAGGGGAAUGACAUGUUUGGGGGUCUUUUAUACAUGAAAAUUGGUUUGUCAGUAAUCUCAGAAAACAUUUUUUUACAUCUGAACAAAAUGCCUUUUUGUUUACCCUAGCAUAUACAUUUGUUUGGGGUUUUUUGUUUGUUUGUUGGGAACUUUUUCCUCCCUUUUAGCCAGGUCAGUAUUGAUGAGGCUGAUCAUUUGGCUGUUUUCUUCCUUCCAGAAGAGUUGCAUCAACAAAGUUAAUUGUAUUUAUGUAUGUAAAUAGAUUUUAAGCUUCAUUAUAAAAUAUUGUUAAUGCCUAUAAUAACUUUUUUCAAUUUUUUGUGUGUGUUUCUAAGGACAUUUCCUUAUGUUUGCUACAUACUGUAGAAAAAAAUGCUUCUUUUUAUUUUGUUUAUUUUAGACUUAAACACAAGCUACUUAUUCACUUUUGUAAACAGCUAAUAGCAUGGUUCCAAUUUUUUUUUAAAGUUCACUUUUUGUUCUAGGGGAAAUGAAUGUGCAAAAAGCAAAAAGAAUUGUCGGUUAUUUGUGUUAUUCUUGAUGUGUAAAAAUCAAUGGAAAAAAUAAACUUCCAAAUUGAAAUGACAAUAUAACACAUCUA